AUGUUGAAAGUCUACAGCCUACCUCUGGAAAGAUGUCCCGUCACUGCUUCAGGAAGAGUCUCCUCUGCGCGGGACAGGGAUGAGGAUGCUCUGCUGAAGCAUCCAUGGGACACGCCGAGCGGUUUGUCCGGGAGGGGCCAGACUUGCGCUUUAUAUGUCCCAGUCCGCAAGAGGUCCCCAGAGCUGGACCAGCGCUCAGCGAGAUGCGAGGCCUAUAUACGCAGACACGGCAGCAUCGAUCUUUGA